AUGCUCAGAUAUUGCUACGAAUAUGAAAUAGGAAUAAAGUCAAAUAGAGAGAAAACAUUUGAAUUGUACAAAAAAUCUGCGGAUCAAGGCUUUUCGAUCGCAAAACUCGAAGUUGCAUUUAGUCUAAUCCACGGCAUCGGCAUACAACGCAAUCCGUUUCUUGGUUUCAAAAUAUUUGAAAAUUUUGCUAUUAAUGCAGAGCCAAAAGCACAGUUAAGCCUCGCAACUUGCUAUAUGAUAGGAAUUGGUACUCCAAAAGACAAAAUCAAGGGUCUAAAAUUAUGUCGAAAAUCGGCGGAUGAAUCCAACAGAAGCGUUUGUGCUUUCACCAAAUCAGCCGAAUUAGGAGCCCAGUUGGACUUUUCUGUCUCGGCGGAUCCUUUGAAAAAGGUCACUAAUGUCAAUAAAGAUGAAGAAAAAGCUUUUCUAUGUUUCCAGUCAGCAGCGAAAUUCGGUUUUCCUGAUGCACAAGCGCGUCUUGGACGAUGUUAUAUAGAGGGAACAGGUACUUUAACUGACCAUGCAAAAGCAUUCAAAUGGUUUCAGCGUUCGGCAGAAGGUGGAAACGAUUAUGCACAAUGUUGUUUAGGUCACUGUUAUUCUGCAGGGAAAGGCGUCGACGUUGAUUACACCAAAGCUUAUCAUUGGUUUCAAAAAUCAGCACAACAACAAAAUAACUAUCUAUGCUUUCAUUUUACUUGGUAA